GCCUUCUAUUUCUCUAUUUCACUAAUUGUUUGACAUAAACAAUUACAAAAACUUCGCACACAUUAUUAUACUUUUACGCUAUUCACAGCAAUGUCUGACAUGGAUGUUGACCAAACCUCUUUGGGAACAGCGAUGAGUAAUAGCUCAAAGGCAGUUGAGGUUGGACAGUUGGAAGCAAAAGAAGACGAGUUGGAUCACUUAUUUGAUAACCUGGAUGAUGUAGAAAUCACAAAAGCUGAGAACCCAUGGCAGACUAAAACCACGUCUCUUGAGCUAUUCAGCGCAAAGGAUUCUGGCAUCGAUCAUUUGGCAGGAGACAGUCUUAGGCAAUUCAAGCUUUUUUACCGUCAUUUUUUUCCUGCAAAACCAUAUUUUCAAUGGCUCAACUACAGUAACUCACCUAUUCCAUCGAAGAAUUUUAUGAAUCGGGAAUUCUCAUUCUUCCUCAUGGACGAGACUUUUAUGCGCUAUCAAUCCUUCAAGAGCCUGGACGAGCUCAAACAGGAACUGACACGUUUGUGUCCCACAAGAAUUGAUCUAGGAGCGGUUUACAAUAUUCGACCCAAGGACAAAAACAUGGUCCGCUCUGGAGCACUGACUGCGGUCUCCAAGGAGUUGGUUUUUGAUAUUGAUAUGACAGAUUAUGAUGAGAUUAGGACCUGUUGCUCCGGAGGCGAUGUCUGCACAAAGUGUUGGGAAUUUAUGACUGUGGCUAUGAAAAUCAUUGAUACGGCUUUGAGAGAAGACUUUGGAUUCAAGCAUCUGUUGUGGGUGUACUCAGGUCGCCGUGGUGUACAUUGUUGGGUUGCGGAUAUGAGGGCAAGGGUAAUGACUAAUGAUCAACGAAAGGCGAUCGUGCAGUACCUAGAGGUUGUCAAAGGUGGUGCACAUCAAGUAAGAAAAGUCAAGUUACCAAGCACUCUUCAUCCUUCUCUAAGUCGAUCACGUAAAACUUUGGAAAAUCAUUUCCGGAACCUCAUGUUUUCAAGUCAAGAUAUUUUGACAACUCCUAAGCAGUGGGAAAAAGUACUGGCUAUUAUCCCUGACCAGGCUAUCCAGGACGAAAUUCGAAAAGAAUGGGAGAGUGCACCCACUCGCGCGCCUGCUGAAAAAUGGGAGAACCUUAAGACUAUUAUUGACCAGAAGACAAACGUGAAAAGUCCCUUGAGAGCUAUUCAUCUUGACAUCAUGUUUCAAUACACGUAUCCUCGACUGGAUGAUAAAGUCUCGAUAGAUAUUCGACAUUUGUUGAAGAGUCCGUUCUGUAUCCACCCCAAAACAGGUCGCGUCUGUGUGCCUAUUCCCAUAGAAACGUGCGAUAACUUUGAUCCUACAUCGGCGCCCACAGUACCACAACUUGUCAAGGAACUUAAUGAAUAUGACGAAAGGCAUCCCUCAAAUGGGAAUAGUCCCAAGCUUCAAGACUGGCAAAAGACAUCGCUUCGUAAAGACGUAGAAGUAUUCGAACAAUUUGUGAAAGGGAUCAUGCACGAUAUCAGCGACAGAAAACGAGAUGAUGCGUCCAAAUCACUUGAAUUUUAAACGAUGUCAGCAACAACUUUAAAAUCCAAUAAACAUUUAUUAUAGUGUAGUCGAAUAGUUUCUUAACGUCUUUCCCAUGUUAUAAACUUUAGGGCUGCUUUUAUCAAUUGGAAGCGUUCUUAUCGGAAUAUUCUUUGUUUUUAUAGAAUUUGCUACGUGGAUAUUUGAAUGAUAUGCGAUAAAGCGUUUUGGAGUCAUG